GCUGCUGCUCGGACGCUGGAGGCGGCGUGACCUCCCCGCGCAUGCGCAGACGCGUCAGAUUCCGCGGCGCCACUUCCUGCUCUGUGUCUGCAGACGGAGCGAUGGCAGCGGGGAGACUUUCUCUGGCGUGUGGAGUCGCAGCGGCCCUCCUCAGCUCUGCGGUGCUGGCGUUCGUUGAGGAUCUGGAUGAUACAUUUAAAGAGACUAGAGUGAACGACAUCUGGCUGGUCGAUUUCUAUGCACCAUGGUGUGGUUACUGUAAAAAACUAGAGCCUGUAUGGCACGAGGUGGGAGUGGAGCUGAAAAGCUCUGGGUCGCCGGUGCACGUGGGAAAGAUGGAUGCCACUGCAUACUCUGGAAUGGCGUCGGAGUUCGGUGUCCGUGGUUACCCCACGAUAAAACUGUUAAAGGGUGAUCUCGCCUAUAAUUACAAGGGACCAAGGACAAAAGAUGAUAUUGUGGAGUUUGCGAACAGGGUGUCGGGACCGGCAGUCCGAGCACUUCCGAGCAAGCAGAUGUUCGAUCACAUGAUGAAACGACACGAUGUGCUUUUCCUGUACGUCGGCGGGGAGUCCCCCCUCAAAGAGAAGUACAACGAUGUAGCCUCUGAGCUCAUUGUCUAUACCUAUUUCUUCUCCGCCUCAGAGGAAGUCUUGCCUGAGUCGGUAACUUUGCCAGAGCUUCCUGCGGUUGUAGUCUUUAAGGACGGAGCCCACUUCACCUAUGAUGAGUACGAGGAUGGUAGUUUGUCAUCGUGGGUGAACAAGGAGCGCUUCCAAGGGUACCUGCAGAUCGAUGGCUUCACGCUCUAUGAGCUUGGAGAAACAGGCAAAUUGGUGGCGAUCGCAGUCAUCGAUGAGAAGGACCCCACAGAGAAGAGCGGCAGAUUAAAGGGCUUGAUUCAGAGGGUGGCGAAGGAGUACAGAGAGCUUUUUAACAGAGACUUCCAGUUUGGCCACAUGGAUGGGAAUGACUACAUUAACAGCCUCAUUAUGGGCGAGGUGACGGUGCCCUCCGUUAUCAUCCUCAACACAUCCAACGAGCAGUACUUCCUGCCCAGUGAGCCGAUUGAGACCAUGGAGCAGCUGGUCCAGUUCAUCAGCGGCGUUUUGAACGGUUCUGCACAGGCAUAUGGAGGUGAUGGCUUCAUUCAGAGGAUCAAACGUGUGGCCUUUGAUGCCAGAUCCACCAUUAUGUCAGUGUUUCGCAGCUCUCCGCUGCUGGGCUGCUUCCUGUUCGGCCUACCGCUGGGCGUAAUUAGCCUGAUGUGCUACGGCAUCUGCACAGCUGAGUCGGACGAUGGUUCGGAUGACAUAGAUGCGCUCAAGAGGGAAGGUCUGACUGAUGAGGAAGAGGACGAGGAGGACGAGGAGGAGGAAAGGCAACGCGCCGCUGAACUGGAGGGCCCAGAAGAAGGAGAGAACGAGGAGGACGAGGAGGAUUUGGGAGAGAAGGAUCCUGAAGAGAAGAAAACAGAUUAACACAGGGGCUCCUGCCGGAUAGAGGAUGAUAGGCCUAGUCAAAUGCAGUGAAAUGAAACUCAAAGACAUAUCAAUGUAAUACUGCUCUGCUUCUUUGUUUUUCAUCUCACUUACCAUCAAAGCCCCUCUCGCACAGACGCCUGUCUUUGAAUUCUGCGUGUCGGUGUGCGAGGUCAGCUGCUCAGUGAAGCCAUCGUAACUAACGGCAAUUUUUAAAGAUCGGAGCAUAAACACAGAAUAUUAUCUUUAUUUCUGUGUCACCUUUCAAAACAAAAGUUACAAAGUGCUUCACAGAGCAACGGAAUACUGAAGGAUAAAUAGAACAUAACAUGGAAGCAUUAAAGUGGACAGGGUUAAAGGUUUAAGGUACAAUAGAUUAUAAAGUCAAAUGUGAAAUGGCAGAAGCUAAAGGCAGAAAAUAGAUUGUGAUCAUAAAGAUUCCAGGAGCCUGAGUUCCUCUGGCGACUUGAUGGAAAACGCUCGGUCACCUCUUGUCAUGAUAAUGUCAGGAGAGGAUUGGAUGACUGUGAACCAAUCGUACCACUUGUUUGUUACGAUUCCACCAAUCAGUGGUCUGCCCCAUGUGACGCAUGACCCUUUCUCUGGCAUCGUUCUGAAACCACUUAUUCUAUCCUCCUUUUAUUCUCAUAUCCUGAUCUUUCUGUAGUAGAAACGAAAUUUCGGCUUCAAACUGAAUCGAAACAUAAACCACGACAUGUUUUAUUACUUGACAACCCCCCCCACCCCUCAGCCAAAGUGUAGUGUAGUGAUUGACGUUUGUAGAAAGCUUAGGAAGUGCCCAAGAAGGAAAAUCUGCCAUAAGUGAAUUGUGCUUUUAUUUUUAUUUUCUUUCAUUGUCUGUUACUGCCUGAAAAUAUUUCCUCUUCUUGUUUUUCUAGGGGGUGCAAAGUGCCGAGACAGUCACUCAUUUCCACUCACUCCUCACGCCAGCCCCCUGUUAGGGUCCAUUUACGUAGACGGUUGAUGCUAAUUGGUAUCAAUCCGUCUGAUUCUGACCCAUUUCAACUCCCUGACAUAAAAACCUGCUAGAAAAUCUUAGUAUAUGUGGACUGUGCCUAUCAAGCAGCAGACUCCCAUAACAUGCAUCAGUGGCUCCUGUGGCUCUUAACAACUCAUAUUCCUCAGAUGGACUGGCUCUGUCUGUUUCCAUAUUUCAAUCUGUCCUCCAUCACUGCUUUCUAUAUUGAAUUUACAAGGCAGGUUGAAGUUUACAUCCCAAUGCACUGAGACGUAGAUUUAAGCUUAUAAAAUAUGAGGACUGUCUUCCUACUACUGAGUUUCUUCUCUUUUUUUCUUUUUGUAAAAAUCUGCUAUAGUUAGUCGGCCAAAAGGCUCUUACAUCCUCCCCUCUCCUCUUUCCAUGCCCUUGUGGCUAAAGUUUAUGUAAAAGCUGAAAUCAAGCUGGGGUUAUUGCUUCCCCCUGAAUUCACCUGGCCGCCUACAUUGUAAAAAAAAAGGUGUUCGUAAUAUCUUCUACACCGAGUCGGAUACCAUUUUUAUAAGAAGUACACGGUGCACCUUGUUGGAUUUGGGGUCCAGUGGGGCUUCAUUGGCUGUUCUUGUAAAAUAAAGCGCCUGAAAACAUGUUUCCUUACUUCUUAUUAUGUAUAAAGUUAAUACAACUCUCAAAAACUCCGGAUUUGAUUUACAGCAGGGUUUCCGUGGCAACAAAACUCGACUCUACAACGAUUGCUGUUAGAUUUAAUUCUUAAUUGGUGCAAGUAAAUACUUCACGUUGCCUUUAUUUUUCUUUACAGCCCAGCCCACUUCAAACUAUAGAUAAGCACAGUCAAAACUCAAACACUGUAGAAACCUCUUUGUUUCCAUGUUCGGCCGACGUGAUCGUGCUGGAGCCCAUCGCUCCAAAUGAAGAGAGAUGUGAUUACUUUAAAGAAGUGGUUCAACAUUUUGGUAAAUAUGCUUGUUCUCUCUUUCUGUUGAGAUCUAAUAUUACUGUCAUGCCAUGCGCAGUAAACAGGAAGCUUAGCUUAGCAUUAAAACUGGAAACUGGAGAAAAGGGUGAAUGAAACCUUCCUCCUUUAUCUGUUUAAAACCUGAAGUGUCAUCAAGAAUCAAACAUCGAUCUUAGAAUGUGAGUCAAAGAAAAAACAUUUACCUGAACCUUGAACUAUUUCUCUAAAGACUGAGCUCAGUACGCACGUUGCUCA